AUGUUAUUAAUUUGGAGUGUGCUGAUCCCCAUUGUAUGGUUGUGGACGGCCGGCAUAAUUUUCAUGUGGUCAUUUGAUAGUAACACUUCGCUUAAUGACUACUCACUGUUUGACUCGGUUUGCAAAAAUGUCUACUUUAGACAAUGUACGCAGUCAAGAAGUUCAUGGCUUAAAUGCAUCGAAAAUAUAAACAAACCGAACAGACAACACAGACAGAACCACACUGAUCUAACGUCAAACUGGCCACCGUCUUCUGUAACUGGAUUGUUUGAUAAUGAGUUGCCAAUAAUUAAUCUUGCUUUACGUGUUCCAGUUGCUAAGAAUGCUGAGAAUCCUUUCGACAGCCCAUACUAUCGAAAAUAUCUACAACUUAUCACAAGAAUUGAGGACAACAUAAUGAGAUCCCCGGGUCUAUGGUCAUCCAGAUACAAUUUAUUUCCUCAAACAUUAGAUUUUGACAAAGUGAUAUACAAUUUUGAAAAGGGUUUUCCAUCGACCACAUUGCCAAUAAACAAUCCGGACAUAUUAGCAUUACGACUGCCAAAAAGCAUUUGCAACCCAUGUGCGAGAGAACGUGUUCCUGACUUAAUUGUUGUAAUCAAAUCCUGUAGCUACUGUUCGGAUGAACGUGAUCAUGCACGGAAUACAUUUAUGCAGAAGCACUUGUGGUCGAAUAUCACUGUCCAAUUCGUCUUUGUUGUGGGUAUACCUUAUCCAAAUGAAUCAAACGUGUUCACAUUUGAUAAUUACAAAUUUCAACUCAGAAAUUCUUGGUGGAGGUUAUCGAGAAAGCAUGACAGAGAUAGAUGGACAUUUAUUAAACGACUUGCAAUGGAAGCAGAUUUUCACGAAGACAUUUUGAUUGGUUCUUUUCACGAUACCUAUUUUAAUCUGACCACAAAACUCAUAUUUACAUUUCGUUGGUUGUCAGCACUUUGCCCCAAUUCAGUGCCGUUAUUCCUCUUUGUAGAUAAUGAUUAUGAUUUGGUUCCAUGGAAUGUGAUCAAGUUUUAUAGAAAUCACACAAUAGAUUGUUUGAGAGACUUGACUGGCGGGCUUCGACACGAAUUUUCCAUUGUUGUCAGACCCAGACAUGAUGGCAAUAUAAGUAACAUUUGGGCAGUAAUGUUUAAGGAGUUCCCAUGGGCAAGAUAUCCUCCAUACUUUUAUGGGGCUACCUAUAUUUUGGGCUCGAAUAUCGUCAAACGACUAGCAAUUGCCAGUGCAUUUACGCAGCAUAUUCGUAUUGACGAUGCUUACUUGGGUAUACUCUUCAACAAACUGAAUAUUAUUCCUCAAAACCUUGACAUCAUUUCUCUCGCAAGUGGGAGAUCCAAUAUAGAGUCAGGUGCAAUCAACGUACCACACUAUAUAAGUAAACGCAUAAUCGAUUGGAAGGCAGGUAUGCUCAGAUUCAGUCAUAGAUAA